AUGCAGCCCUAUGAUGACCUGAGCCGAUGGACAGCAAACAAACUUGAUGCUGUUGUUGUGGGAAUAGACUACAGGCUUGCUCCUCAUUAUCCAUUCCCAGCUGCCCAUGAAGGCUGUGUUCUUAUGGUCAAAUUCUUUCUCCAGGACAAAAUCCUUGAAAAGUAUGGAGUAGAUCCUGCUCGCAUUUGUGUUUCUGGAGACAGUUCUGCGGGUACAUUGGCAACAACAGCAUCUCAGUUGCCCCAGAAUAAUCCAGAGCAUAAAGAUAAAAUUAAGGCACAAGCCUUGAUAUAUCCUGGACUACAGUUUAUUGACAGUUUGAUGCUAUCUCAUCAAGACUAUGAACAUGGUCCCAUUCUGUCAAGGGAGAUGGCAAUUAAGUUGGCAAGCCUAUACUUGACUGAAGACACAUCCCUGAAACAAGCUAUACUGAGAAAUAAGCACAUGCCUGAAGGAUCAAGACACCUGUUCAAGUUUGUUAACUGGAGUGACUUUCUUCCUGAGGAGUAUAAAAAGAACCAAAUUUACACUGAACCAGUUCUUGGCAAAUUAGAUGCUUCCUAUCCAGCACUCUUGGAUAGCAGGCUCUCCCCUUUGAUAGCCAGUGGCCCCCAGUUACAGAGUUUGCCACUGCCCUACAUCCUUACUUGUAAACAUGACAUUAUAAGAGAUGAUGGACUUAUUUAUAUCACACGGCUUAGAAAUGUUGGUGUUCAAGUUACUCAUGACCACAUAGAAGACAGAAUCCAUGGAGCCUUAACACUCACUACACCACCAUAUAAUUUACAUUUAGGAUUAAGAAUAAGAGAUAAGUAUAUUAGUUGGUUAGACAAAAAUUAUAAAUCAAAAGUACAUUUAAGUAGUCAUUAG